GGCGCAGUGGAGGCCGGUCCCCCUCCCUCUUCAGCCGCGACCCUGGAGCCUCCGAGACUAAAUUGGAACUCCACCAGCAAGGGAUGAACAUGAAAGCCCCUUGGAGUCAAGCCAGGAAGCAGCAAAAAGACAGAUGAGGAGAAAAGAGGGAGGAGGUCACAUUAAGUAACAUGAGAUGCCAGCUGCCCUUGGCAAUCCAAGCAAGGCAAACCCACUCAUUCUGGUUAAUUUACCCUUCGUGAUCUAACUUGCCAUAACUCUAAAUGAAGAGGACAAAGACAUUAAGAGCUGAGAUCCAGCUCAAGCUAGGUUCCUUUGCAAGAAAUCUAGGAGGUGUCUCUGGAGGUUGGAGUGUCUCUGGAGCACCCUUCAAGCUCACAGAGAAAAUCAUCUUUUUCUCCAACAUGACAGUCACCCCUCCUGCUUCAUCUACGUCAACUAGCCUUGAAAACACCAGCAUCUAUGACUAUUACUACCUUGAUAAUUUCCUGGCUACAGUCUGUAGGAAGGAGGCCAUCUUGUCCUUUGGCCAAAUGUUCCUGCCUAUCUUCUAUUCCCUGGUGUUUGUCCUGGGCCUGGGUGGAAACCUUUUCUUCCUCACUGUCCUCCUUUACUCUGCUCGUAGAAGACAGGUAACUGAGGUAUACCUGCUAAACCUGGUUGUUUCUAACCUCCUCUUCGUGGUGACCUUGCCUUUCUGGGGGGCCUCUGUAGCCUGGCAUUGGGUCUUUGGGGAAGCCCUCUGCAAAAUCAUAUGUACCCUUUACACUGCUAGCUUCUACAGUAGCAUCUUCUUUCUCAGUUGCAUGAGUCUGGAUAAGUAUCUGGAUGUUGUCCAUGCUCAGACCCACCAUCACCUGUGGACACCAGCAAAGAGCUGGCUCCUUUCAGGUGGGGUGUGGACAGUGGCCCUGGUGCUUUCAAUCCCUGACCUGGUCUUUGCUCGAGUGCAAGAAGGCCCUGGUGGUAUGCAGAGUUGUCAUCUGGACUUUGGAGACAAUGGGCGUCUAUGGAAGGUGCUUCUUCGCUUUAAGCAGAGUAUUCUAGGAUUUAUCCUCCCGCUUUUUGCGAUGGUCUUCUUCUACACCCGAAUAGGCUGCAUCCUCACAGUCCUAAGACCUCGGGGCAGGGGCCGAGCCCUGUGGGCAGCUGCAGCCCUGGUUGUGGCCUUCUUUGUACUGUGGUGUCCCUACAAUAUUACCCUGUUCCUGCACUCAUUGCAGGACUUACAGGUCCUUGAGGGCUGUGAGAUCAGCAAGCAUCUGGACUAUGCCCUUCAGGUGACAGAGAGCAUCGCUUUCACUCACUGCUGCCUCUCCCCUUUCCUCUAUCUCUUUGUCCACCAUCGACUCAGGAAGCAUCUCAAAAAGGUUCUAGAAGCCAUCUUCAAAAGAUCUAGAGAGUCCUCUGCUGCCCGUCCCUCCCAGACCAGUUAUUCCAGUAGUUAUUCCACAACCCAAGAAGAAAUGACUAGCACUGACAAUCGGGAAGAAAGUUUACAGGAUCGUGGAAUUUAGAGCAAGAAGAGACCUUAGAGCUCAUUCAGUCCGACCUCCUCAUUUCACAAGUGAGGAGUACUAGGAGAAAGUGUAAAUGACUUGCCCAAGGUCACCAAGGAGUAGGUAGUAUUUGUGGGUUUUGAACCCAAUUCUCUCUAAAUAGAGCUCCUUCACAACCAGGACUGGUUCCUUCACGACCAGAACCUUCCACCAAACAUCAUGUUGGCCUGUUGUAGCCAAAACAAUCAACCUCAGAAAUAGGAGAUGUGGAUUUGAAUCCUGGUCCCGCCAUUUCUUAGCUGUGUGACUUCCGUAUAGGGUUUCGUGCAGUGGCUCCCAAAUCCUUUAGAUGUAAGAACCCUUUUUUUUAACAACCACAAAAACACUGACAAACCUUCAUGUAAUAAUAGAUGUAUUGUUAACAUCCAUCAACUAAGGAAACAGGUCAUAACAAAAUGACAAUACCUGGUAAGGACUCUUAGACCCUUUGUGGUAAGUCUGGGCUCCGAGGAGGGCCACAGUCCACAUCCUGGGAUCCACCUGUAUGGUGGAAACAACCCUGGAUUUGGAGUCAGAAAACCUGGCUCCAGGUUCUAGCUGUGCUGUAUACUCCCUAAAUGAUUUUGAGCUACUUGCUUUCCUCUCUGAGCUUCACCUUCUUCAAUUAUAAAAUAAAAAGGUUGGCAUUCUAGAAAACAAUUUGAAAUUAUGUGAGAAAGGUUAUUAAAUUGUGUGUACCUUUUGAUUUAAAUAGUUCAUUGCUAUAUAUAU